CACGCCGCGCAGGUUUUCCAUCAUGGCUGCGACCGUCGCUCACCCUGCGCUGUCCUCCUUAUGCAGAAUAAACUGUAAUAUUAACCGAAUAUAUCAUUUAUUUUCAUUCAGGAGGGGAAUAUCUAUCUGCAAUGUCCUCUCAACAAGUGCUGUGGCCACUGAAAGAGACGCUAUAGGCAGAGGUGUUCGGGGCCAGCGCAAAUCAAAGAGACAGUCCGGUGAGCCCAGGACAGAGCAGAUGUCCGUGGGUCAGGACUGGACCGCAGUUUACCCCACUGCAGCGUCAUUCAAACCUUCUGCAGUUCCACUGCCAGUGCGGAUGGGUUAUCCGGUGAAGAGGGGUGUACCGCCUGAGAAGAAGGGCAAUCUGGAACUGAUCAAGAUUCCAAACUUUUUACACUUAACCCCAUUAGCCAUUAAGAAGCACUGCAAGGCCCUCAAACCAUUCUGUACGGAGUGGCCAUCUGCUUUGGACUCUGAUGAGAAAUGCAUGGAGCAUUUCCCAAUCCAGGUUCAGAAUAAAGAGUUUGUGUCUGCAGGACUUUCACUGCGAAACCCAGAUGCCAGAAUAGUAACGCUCAAGGUGAAACUUUCCAGUUUAAAUCUGGAUGAUCACGCCAGAAAGAAGUUAAUCAGACUUAGUGGAGAACGUUACUGCAAAGAGACAGACACACUCACCAUCACCACAGACAGUUGCCCGUUGAGACAGCAAAAUUAUGAUUACGCCAUGUACCUUCUAACAGUCCUUUACCACGAGUCCUGGAAAACCGAGCAAUGGGAGCAAGAAAAGACACGUGCUGACAUGGAAGAGUACGAGUGGGAAGACAGCCCAUCCCAGAAGAACGUUCUGGAAACUCUCAAGCGCAUGCGGCCACUCGGAGCGAAUGAUGAGGUGGAGGGGGGAACCAGAGAGGAGCUACUCGGACAGCCGGCCGUACAGGAGUACAAAAACAUGGUGGUCAAGCUGAAGAAUGAGGGGGAAACGGAGGACAAUCUACAGCAGUACAAAGAGGCUGUGAAAAAGCUUCUUAAUAUCUGAGGAAUGCUAAAGACAUGUAACAAACCAGGAGCCCCAUUAGAGGAGCCCUAUUAUAAUUAUACAAUUUCAAAUAAAAAAUAAUGCACUGUGGUUCUA